UGGUCUAAGUGACUUAACCUCGGGGCUGCGAUUGUCUUCCUUCAGUCUCCUCGGCUGCCCAAGGCGGAGCGGGGGCGGAGCUGAGAGAGGAGACGAGCCGAAGCCUCCACUUUAGGGCUGGGAGAGCCGAGGCUCCUGUGGGCCUGCCUUGGUGACCCCGCCCCGGGAGGUCCUCUGAGGCGCUUCCCUGACGUCUCUGCCAUGGCCGCCUCUGGAAGGUCUGCGCUUGGCUCGGUUUUGCUGCCCCGCCCUAGGCGCCCAAUAAAAGCAGGCUGAACUGGCCGGCCUGCCCCUCGCUCCCUGGGCCUCCCAGACUACCCUCAAGUCUCCAGCUGGAGGAGCGGCCUCCCAAGGCGACCCUGCCCAGUCGUGGAGCAGGAGGUGGAGUCUGAGCUCCGCUCCCUUGUGACUCGGGGCAAACUCCUUCGCCCUCGGGCCUCAGUUUCCUCUACUGCAAAAUGAGGGCACUGGCCUAAAGGAAGCCCCAGUGGUUCUGUGAUGCUUACCUGAAAAUGAGAGCCUGCUUCCUGAAGCCCACCCUGAUAUGGCUGAGCAAACACUGACACACCCGCUUAAGCUUCCACGGCCUUAAUUCCCUUAAGUCUUUAAUGGGAAUUAAUAUUAUCACAGGCAUGUAAGGCUCCUAUGAGACUUACAGGUUGAAAGAACCACCAGAGGUUUAGGAACUUUGCUGAUAGUUGAGACCCAUGAGAAGCUGUCUCUGAAGAGUGACCUGCUCACCCCAGCCUGAAGUGGAUUGGCCCAGAAGCCAUGCCGUGUAAUUAAGGGAGUUGACCUGUCUUCGUUGAUUCCAUCCCAUUUUUAUCUGAGUAUGUCUAUAAAUGGAGAGCUGGUACAGUCAUCGUGAACCACUAGGAUCCUUAUAAUGCCUGGAGACCCUGCAAUCUUUGGAGUCAGCAAAUAGAGGGUGUGGACCUAUGGAGGCUCUGCUCGCUGUCUCAAUUGAUCCUGAAGAGAAAAGGGACCAGAGCUGAUGGAUACCUACUUUAAUCUCCUGUUCUCUGCUACCACAAAAAGUGCUGCUGUAAAUAUUUUGGUAUAUGUGGAGAUUUCCUUUUUAAUCAGUGACCUCCUUGAGACAGACUGCAAGACUUGGAGUUAAUAAAGCCUUGGCUCAAAUACUGCUUCCUGAUGCUUUGUUACCUGAUUGUGGGAAGAAGGUUGUCGCAGAUAUGAUUUCCAUUUCAUAGGCAAGAAAGUUCAGGCCCAGAAAGAUGAAAUGAUACCCAUAGCCAAGCAACAACUACAAGGUGAUGGAGCCCAUGUUUAAACUUGUCUUCUGGUUCCAAAAUCCAGAGCUCUCCAUGUUCUUCUUCUGCUUUCCUGAGGUGUAGGCCAGUGUUCCUUUUAUUCAGCUAUACUCCCAAGAUGGGGAAGCUGAGGCUGAGAGAAGUCUUUUUCAUGAUCAAACAAAUUAGGAAGUCUCAGAACUGGUAUUCACAGUCAAGUCUUCUUAUGGCAAGACCACCCCCCCCUUUUUUUUUAUCAUACCAUUGUUGCCUCACAUGGCUAAAUUACUGAAAAGAGAUCUUGAACUUGAAAGAAACUGUAAAAAGCUGCUCACUAAAAAGAUAGUAAUUCAUCUGUGUCAGAGUGACAGAAAAAACGGCGGUGGCACGGUCUCAACUUCUGCACAUUCUCCUAGGCACUCACUAUGUGCGAAUAUCGCCUCCUGCUAACAGCGGGAUGCCAAGUCAGUUUUCAGGUACUCAAAAGAUAAUUGUGAAAUGGGAAGAUAAUUUAGAAUCUUCACAUCCCUUCUCCACCUCAACGUCUCUUCAAAAUGUACAGAUGGGGAAGUGAAAAGAGAUCACAGUUCUGGGGAAAGGCUUAGCAAGCUGGAAAAUAUUGAUUGAAAUGACAUCAUCUCUAUAUUUGUAUUACCCAGGCUUUCUCUGUUUCCUAUUAGCAUGGAGAGCUGGAUAUAAAUGGCAUUGGAGGUAAUCUCUUGAAGAGAAUAGUCACAGAAGAAUUUGCUCUCCCUCAUCAGGAAUCACCUCCUGCCCCAUCUGCCCAUGGACUGGCAUUACCAGAGAUGUAGCUGAAAAUUCCUUUCUCUAGAGUUUCCCUGCUACAUAUCUCAUAAUGGCCAGGAGCUGCUCCGAGUGCAAGGAGAAGAGGCCAGCACACAUUCUCUGUACCUACUGCAACCGAUGGCUGUGCAGCUCUUGCACCGAGGAACACCAGCAUGCCAAGGACAUGGCAGACCAUUUUCUUUCCCUAGCCCAGAAGGGAUCUUCAGGAAUGGACAGUGGGUCUAGUGACUCCUUGUACUGCCCAUUGCAUGGUCAAGAGAUUCUCAAGUUGUUCUGCGAGAACUGUGAUGUCCUCACAUGCCACAGCUGCUUGAUGAUUGACCACAAAGAUCACAGGUGCAGGCAUGUAGAAGAGGUUUUGCAAAACCAAAGAAUGCUUCUGGAAAGUGUGACCACUCAAGUGGAGCAUAAGAAAACUGGGUUACAGGCUUCUGCUAAACAGAUUGAAGACAGGCUGUUUGAAGUCAAGCAUCUUCACAGGAAAGUGGAAAACCAGAUCAAAAUGGCCAAGAUGGUUCUGAUGAAUGAAUUAAAUAAGCAAGCCAAUGGGCUUUUGGAACAGCUAGAGGGACUCACCAAUGAAAGGAAGCAGAAACUGGAGCAGCAGUUACAGAGCAUCAUGGUCUUAAAUCGCCAGUUUGAGCAUGUGCAGAACUUCAUCAACUGGGCAGUCUGCAGUAAGAACAGCAUCCCCUUUCUCUUCAGCAAAGAACUGAUUGUGUUUCAGAUGCAGCGUUUGCUGGAGACGAGUUGUAACACAGAUGCUGGUCCGCCCUGGAAGAUCAGGUUUACAUGGGAGCCUUCCUUCUGGACUAAACAGCUGGCGACCUUAGGCUGUAUAACAACGGAAAGUGGACCACUGCCCCGUCCAGAUGUCAGCUAUGGAAAUAUGCAAGGGUCAUCUUUUUAUCAUGGUCACCUCUCCCCAGUUGCCCAGCAAGAUCCUCUUAGCAGCCAGCCACAUAAGUUCCAAGCUUCAGGCCCAUGUUCUACACCAGUCUGCUGUUCUCACUGCCCCCCUGCCCUCCAUGCACACAAAAGCCAGACCCUGCACCCUAGUGCGCACCAUCCCCAGAGCUUUAGACAGCCCCCUGAAAUGCAGCCCCCACCACACAUGUCUGCCCAGUACACACCGGCAGCACCACCCAGUGAGAAAGAUCAGGCCUGCAGCCCCCCUCCUGUGAAGCUGAUGCAGCCCUGGCUGGAUCCCCAGCUGCACACAGAGCCAGAGAGUACCCCCCAGGGGCUAGGCAAGCUCUCCCAUGCACUGCCCCUGCAGCAGGGCCCUCGGCCUGCCUGUGCUGGGGCACCACCAGCACAUGCCCAGCACACUCAGCGUUCCCUGCAGGCCCCCUCUGUCCAAGUCCAGUUUGGUCACCACCAGAAGGUAAAGUUCAGUCAUUUUCAGCAACACCAGCAGCUGCCCCCACCCCAGCCACCACAGCCACUGCCCCCACAGCAGCAGCAGCAGCCGCCGCUGCCACCACCUCCACUGAGCACGGGUCAGCAUGAGAGUGCCCAUGAGCCUGUCCUGCCUCCUGGCCUGGACAUCAUGCACCAUAAAUUUGAGCUGGAGGAAAUGCAGAAGGACCUGGAGCUUCUUCUUCAGGCUCAACAGCCCAGCUUACAGCUCAGCCAGACCAAGUCUCCUCAACAUGUGCAGCAGACCAUCGUGGGCCAGAUAAACUACAUAGUGAGGCAGCCAAAACCCUUGACGUCUGAGCACGUGUCUUUUCCCUUGCAGGCUUGUGAGGAGCCCAGUGUACCUGAAGGCCCAAAGCCAGUUCCACCUCUUGACAAGACUGUCAUCCCUUCUUUGACCCAGGCCAUAGCAGAAGAUGCCCCUGCCAGUGUGCACCCUCUGGACAGCACCUUGCAGCCCUCAUCUCCUAAUCCAGUGAGAAAGCGUUCAGCAUCCGUCAGUGUAAUGGGCUUCUCCAACACGCUGGAAAUGGAACUGUCAUCCUCAAGAACAGGGAGGACAGUGGAGCCCCAGAUCCAGAGUGUGACCAGCCUGACACCUAGCUCCUGCUCCCACAGCAUGGGCCCUGCCUCCGACACACAGCCAGAAACAGCGCCCAGUUAUAGUCCAGCAGUCACCUGGGUCCUGCACCCUGGGGAUGGGGCCAGCCACUUGUCUUUGGGAGAUGUUCUCUUGGGUAAUGCACCAUGCAAGAUGGAAAAUGAAGAUUCCAGGCCCAUUAGUGACUCUCUGGGACACAACACAGUAGCUGCCUGCCCAAAUGCUCAUGAAGAGUUAGUUCUUCCUUUACAAAAAAUCCUGGAAGAACCGAUUAAUCUUUCAGUGAAGAAACACCUGCAUCUUGCCUCUCCCCCAGUGCCAGCUGUCUGUGCCUCUCCCAUCCCAUCCACAGCUGUGAAGCCUCUUUGGCACACAGAAGAUUGUGGCAAUUCUGAACAGGAACUGUUUGAGGCAGACACCAAGGAGAAUCCAAACAUCAGGACCUACCCCAAAGAGCGGAAGAUUCCCUAUGUUCGUCUGGAGCGCCUGAAGAUCUGUGCAGCUGCCUCCGGGGAGCUGCCUGUGUUUAAACUGCAGAGGGAGCAGGAUGGCACCUUCCUUCUGGUUGUUGAGUGUGGGGCUGAGUCGUCUAGCAUGUCCAUCAAGGUCAACCAGGAUGGUUUGCCAGAUGCUUUGAAGCCUAAGGCUGAGAAUCCAGAAGAGAGAAAUGCUCCUGUAGGCUUCCCAGCUGGGCCGAAAUUGCCAUUGUUUGGGACCCCAUCUCCUGGGGAACAAAGGAGCCACUGUAACCCUGGAGCCAAGAAGUCUCCCUCAGCUCCCAACACAGACCCAAUUGAGAAUGAGGACUUCUGUGCUGUGUGUCUGAAUGGGGGGGAGCUGCUUUGUUGUGACCACUGCCCCAAGGUGUACCACCUCUCCUGCCACGUUCCGGCUCUGCUCAGUUUCCCCGGGGGUGAGUGGGUGUGCACCCUCUGCAGGAGCCUAACCAAGCCAGAGGUGGAAUACGACUGUGACAAUACUCGAUAUGACCAUGCCAGUCCCGGAGGACGUGGGCUUCCUGGCCUGAGCGAGUAUGAUCAGAAGAAAUGUGAAAAGCUGGUGCUGUCCCUGUGCUGCAGCAGCCUCAGUCUCCCAUUCCAUGAGCCCGUCAGCCCACUGGCUCGGCAUUAUUACCAGAUCAUCAAGAGGCCCAUGGAUUUGUCAAUUAUCCGGAGAAAGCUCCAGAAGAAAGACAUCUCCCACUACUUGAGUCCAGAGGAGGUGGUGGCUGAUGUUCGCCUCAUGUUCUGGAACUGUGCAAAGUUCAAUUACCCUGACUCAGAGGUAGCCGAGGCUGGCCGAUGCCUGGAGGUCUUCUUCGAGGGCUGGCUGAAGGAGAUCUAUCCUGAGAAACUGUUUGCUCGGCCAAGGCAGGAGGACUCCGACACAGAGGAGGCAGAGCACGAGAGCGGUGGCUCUGUGACUCCACAGGGCUUCCCCUGGCCUGCCUACGGGCAGGAAUACACCCAGCCCAAGAGGAGACGUCGCCAUACUGAGAGUGAGAGAGCAAAAAGACUCUCAUUCCGUCUGGCCAGCGGCUUCCCGCAGGUGUGAGAACACUGUUCUUCCACAACAGGAGGUGGCCCAGAAUUCUGACAGCACCGGUCCCUUACCCAUUCCUCGCUAUCCUUCAGGCCACAUCCUCUGGAGAAUUCGGAUUACAGGAGUGUCUCUGAGCAGCUUUCCCGUGGGCAUCUGCAGCAUUUCCAUGGAGGUUAUAGUCAUGAAACUCUGGGAAAGAAAUCCAGCAGAUGACAGCUUCCUGCUAAAGCAAAACUCUUGUCAGGCUGGACCAGUCCUCAGGCUCCAUGGCGAAUGCUGCCUUUUGGAGUACACUGGGCCCUCCAGCUCCUUUUCCUCUGUUUACCUAUAGGUAGGAGUAGGGAGAGAAGGACUUAGUACUUCAGCUGACCUGUUAUCCCUGACACAGAGUGGACAAAGUAGCCACUGGGAACUGCUCCUUUUGUUGAGGAGAUUAAGGUGGAAUCCUUACAGGGCAUGCUAGCCACCUUUGUUCUAAAUCUCUGCCUGUCAGUAAGAUAGGCUUCUUGCCCUUCACCUUCUAAGCAUCUUGAGGUAUCCAUUCCUUGUAAUCAGGCAUGAAGGAGGAAGGGGCUGCCUGUUUCUUCAUCUUCGUUUCCUGACAUCACUCAGGUGUACCUCAUUUGAACACACUGUUUUACUGGUGUCUAGGCUCUUGGCUUUGCUUGGGCCAUCUAACACAAAUAUUUAAGCUUUCCCUUUGGAGGGAUUAAGGCAACCUGAGUGUUCUAGCCUGUUUUGUGCCCCUUAUUACUGGCAAGUACCUCUCUCUAGUAAGCUUCUUUUCUUGGCCCCAAAGGUGUCUCCCAUAAGGUGGUGUCAGCUGACUGGAGAGCAAUCUUUUGAUCCACAUUGGAGUCCUUGACUUUGUUUCCUGGGGUUGGUUUUGUGAUCUGUGUCUUCUGAGCCCACGUAGUGCUUGGGAUGCUAGGGCCGCUCUGCUUGUCAGUGGGAGAUGGAGGCAUUAUAGGGAAGGAGCAUUAAUGGUCCCUCAGACAACCUCUUGGGUCCAGUGCAGGGGCCACAGUGAUGCCUUUUGUAAUGUUACCGCCAUGAAGAAUACACUGUGGAAGGAGCCCUCAGUGGAUGUCCUGCCUGUGGUGAACACUCCCCCUUUUGAAACUGUCCAGGAAAGGGCAAGCCCUCCUUUUGUUUACCUUCCUUCUGCUUUCUAUUUGUGUCAUAAAAUCAUAGAAUCCCUGGACUGGGAGGGCUCCCAGAAGCCAUCUAACUCAACUUACUCUCAGACAGGAAUAUCUACUAUAGCAUGCCCAACAGGUGGUCAUCCAGCCUCUUUUUGAAGACCACCCGUCAUGAGGAACUCACUGCCUCCAAAUGUAGCCCAUUCUACCAUUGGAGAACUCUAAUUGUUUAGAAGGUUUUCUUUCUGCUAUGCUGAAAACUGGCUCUCUGUGACUUCUACCUAUAGGAUCAAAGCAUUUAGAGUGGGAAGGUACUUUACAAUCCCUUUAUAUUACAGAUCAAGAAACUGAGGCCUAGAGAGGGGAAUUCAGUCACUUGCCCAAAGUCAGAUGGUCAGUAAAUAACAUAACCAGAAUUUGAAUCCAGGUCCUCUGUCUCUAAAUCUGGGGCUCUUCUCACACCUCCCUACUGCUGUGACUGUUCGUUUUUAGCAGGGCCCACUGGGUCAAUCAAGAUAAGUCUGAUGUCUCUUUUAUAUAUCAGCCCCUUAAAUUCUUAAAGAAA